AAAAGAAAGAACAUAGAAUGACUCUAUGAAAAUAUAACUAACGCAACAUUGGCGUUUGCUGAUAGCAUUGGUAUCGCCAAACGAUAACUGCAGUCUUUUGUAGUUAUGUCGUUGUAUUUCAGUUAUUCAAAUUAAACCCCUUCGUGAUUUGAAAAAUCGGGACCGCGUUACGACUCGUAAAUAUAAUAACGUGAACUUGUGAGUACCUUUGGUAGCGGCCAACUUUGAACUGAGCUGCGAAAAAAUCGUUCGUUGAUAAAAACAGUUCGUCAAGUUACAUAUACGCCCAGGAGCCGGAAUUCACAAGUUGUGCCUUUGAAUUUAGGCAACAAACAUGUGCCUGCCAAAACCCCAUUACAAUCGUAAGCGCAACCUGGCAAUGUGCCUUUACACAGAGCUACCGGUACAAUAUAACGAAUCUUUGACAAUAACGAAGAGCGGUGCUCAGCAGUGUCUAAAAGUAAGCUUUAUAAAUAGCUUCUAUACGGUAUCCUGAUAAGGCUCCGACGAACAAACUAUAAGGUUUAUCAGAACAAACUACUUUUUUUGUUCUAAUUGGUGUUAACUUAUUGUAGAGGCCUCGAGAGAGUUAUGCGCUGCUACAAACUAUAUAUGGGUUGAAAUAGCGAAUGCUGGUGUGAAAGAAAUCGAAAUUUACCAAAUUGAGGUUACAUUGGUACAUUGAGGUUACAAACAUGAUGAGGUCGGGCUAGAGCCGACAAGAGUGACGCGUGGUAAUCGACUACUUCAGUUAAACGGAGACAACAGACCGUGUACGCUAGACCGAAGAGUGGCAUGCUGAUAUAAAAGGAUUUAGCGAGCUUGUAGGCUAUAAAUGUUUACGCAGUAUUACCCAACGAAAAAUGGCAAAGUUCUAACAAACAAACUUUUGACUGGAAAUCUAUUCAUAUGGACGUUCAGUUAAGCGAGCACUGCAUUAGACAACCCUUCCGAGAUAUUCGCUCAUAAAUUGAAUACGUUUUUAAUUCAGACUAGAUCAGAGAGUUAUCUGAAUGGUCUAUUGGUCUAUCUAUAUUGGUCUUAUGAUUUUCCUGGAGUUAUUUAAUGUCGCUACCGUUAAAGCGGGAAAUCCAUAAAAAAAAUAAGCCCGUGUCUGGGUCUUCUGAGAUAUAAGUUCUCCCCUGUAAACAUGGCCAGUAUCAGACGCAAGGGUUUUUUUUCACGUCUAUCAAAAUCUCACUCAAUCCUCUGUUACUCUUAAAGAUCAGCCACGGAAGUAUACACUCGCUAUGGUUCACUAAAUAUCGUUAAUGAAACAUGGCAGAUUACAAUUUAGAUAGGUAAACCAAUGCUGAUUUACUUCAUGCGUACAUAAUUUGAUUGAAAGCAUCUGGGUUCUUGGCAAGAACUUAAUCACUGCUGAUGAUCCGUUGGGGGUAUUUUCCAGGGUAGUAAUGCGGAAGUCUCCAUAACAGUUUAAUUACAUAACAGUGGGUAGUGUAUCUGCACGCUGAUCUUAGGGGCACGAUGUGGUCUAAAUUCGAAGCUCGGCCGUAAACAGAGAGACAGACUUCGUUUCGUGCUGGAAGCCAGCCGUCUGCUUGAUGGAAAACAUAGAGGGUGGUAGGACGAUUAGUGUCGCGUAUGAAUACAUGUUGUUGGGGUCAUGCUUGAUGGGAAGUUAGAUUAAACUUAUAAUAUUUCUCGAUUAUUUUAAAUCUAAGGUAAACUCUUGGUUUAUCUAAUAAUAUCUAUAUGUAGGUAUGUAAGCAUGGAAAAACGUUUUAAUGAGUUUCUCGAUUUAUCAUUUUGACUUGGCUAGACGAAAAGCGUUUUGUACGAUUGCGCAUUACUUAUUCAACCGCUCUUAUAUUAGCUAUUGCAAACGGAUUCGACGCACUCUAAAACAGAAUAACUUUGGAACUAUAUACAACGCUAACAAACAGAAUUUGACUCGUAAAUAUUACAGUUUUUACUCAGGUUUAGUUUACUCCAAAAGGAUUAAACUUAGAAGGAACAAGAUCUUUUAGUCUCAAAAAUAAGCGCUUACUGGUCAGGUCCUUAUAGGCCACAACGCUGCGGAAGUCCAUCGAAGAUUGGUAUAGGCAUUAGACAGGUAGACCGUGAACGAUGCAAACGUUUGACGAGUGGAGCUCAGGUUGUUAAAAAUAAGCGAGGAGGUGACCCGACGUCAAAACCCAAUAGACCAGCAAACAAGCGCUGCGGCAAUCAAGGUGCUGUACGGAAGUAAACUAUGGAGUUUAUGGGCUUGGUCAACCGAAAGUGGCAUUUCAGGUUUAACGUGUGACAAAACUGUAACCAGAGCUCUAAAAAUGCAGAUACCGAAUAAAGAAUGGGUCUUCCGUGAAUUGACUUCACGCCAGCCGUACAUGCGUAUGGCGUAUUUUCCGUGAAGUGUACAAAAUGUAAUAUAAGAAAAAAUCCCCUUGAAGCAUACGGCCGCUAUAGAUGAGGCAUGGUUCGACCUACUCUACCAGCUGGAGACGGACCAGUUGAGGGUGUGGGAUCACCUUGGUGAAAGUCGAGUUCGGGGACAACGUUAAGUGACUUCGGACGUAAAGUGAUGGUAGUACAUGCGAUAGACAUCAGAGACAUGCAUCACUAUAGGAUCCUCGUCAAAAGUAAAACAACGAACGCGGUUCGCUACCUCGAGUUCCCCAAGGGGCUCAUGGGCUGUUAGCACGGCAGUUGGAUCUUCAUUGCCACACUUCUACCUGAACUUAAGUAAAGAAAUAUUCAACGAAUUUAACCUGCCUAUUUUUCUGAUCUAAGUCUGCGUGAUUACGGGCUUUCGAUGCCCUAAAAAAGCAUAUUGGUGGGUAAGUAUACCUCAUUAUUGAUUUGCCUAGAGAAACCGUAGACAAAUGAAUUGCAUAUGGAAACGCAAAUGGUAAAUAGAUGGAAGUUCUGCCACUGUGUAAAGGACCUCUAACACAUAUCAAAAAGUUAUCAUUCUGACCCAACUACUUAAAAAAUUACAGAAUUUCAAAGUCUGCCGGAUUGGUUUGUAAUAUUAUACAAAAUCUAAUGCAGACGCCGCACGUAAUGACAAAAAUGUACCCGGUGAGCAAUACGGAAUAUUUGACAGCGUUGUUUACCUAAUACACAACUAGCUGCACAAAAGUUCAUGUCUUAUUUAAUAUAUGCGGCAUUCGAUGAUUGUACACAUCUUCGGCUGGAUGACUUACAUAAAAAUACCUGCUAGAACCAGCUGCGUAACAACAUCUAUGGCUAUUUAGAUGCAGAACGCUCCCAGGUGCGAGGCGCACGCUCCUGUCAGCUAACGACAAAGGUAAACCAGUUCGCUUUACUUUGGUGGCAGCGGCGGGGAGGCUGACGACGAGGUCAAAAUCGUACAAGAAUGUCUUGAAGGACUAGCUAAUUGAGGCAACGCAAGCGAUGGGCAGAAGAGUUCGAGCGACCCGCGAAGGGACCGAAAUAACUAUAGGACGUCAGAUGCCAGCGCGCGUACGUCUUUGCGCGAGAUGCCGAAACCACAACGAAAAAAACCUCGUAAAGGAUCAUAAGGACCAGUGCAAAUACAGAGACUGCAAAUGCGAGAACUGUAUCCUAAUUCUCCAAAGGCAGCAGGUACAGGGUAAACUGAAAAGACUCCAGAGUUCAGAGAGCACCUCCAGGAGAGGCGCUACAACUCGAGUCCAGUCAAAUAGUACCAACCAAAAAAACCAUCCGCAGGAAUUGCAUCGCCGUCUACGAUACCAACAUGUGCCUCCGCAACAACAGGUGGACACGGCUCGUCAUCUACAAUAUCAAUUUCGCGCUGGCUCAAAUCAGGAACGGUCAACAGUAUCAUCGUCACUAUCGUCUAUAAGGAGUACUUUCUCAGAGCCAACGACAUCGUUUGGGCCAACUUUCUCGUCACCCUCAUUGUCUUCGUUUUACUUGGGCCUGCCGCUGCAGCUUCAGCUUCUAGACUCAAGUUUGGGGCUCUCGCUGGGAGCACCUUUUGCUGGACCUCUUGCUGCUCUUGGACAUCUAGCGUCCUUAAAUGUCGCUAGCCAGUUAGCUCAUCCUGGCACUUCUGGGAACUCACGCACACAACCAUCUUUAGCAGGGCAAUCAGAGCUUUCGCCGGGAGCUAGCACUGAACAAUGCAAUAUUAAGAAGAAAAGUUAGAACACCGGACUUCGUCGUAUUCUCCUUAGAUUUGCGGAAAAUAUCUGAAGUUUACAUUCGACUGAUAUGCAGACGAUCUUUGGUCGCCUAACGCACACAAAAAUAUGUAUAUAUUCGGUUAUAUAUAAUAUAUUAGAUACAAUCUAUUUACAUUUUGAAUAUGCAAUGAGUAACUGGUAGUGAACCAAUCUUUACCCAAUUUGUAAACGCACAAUAUAUCACUGUAUCUGAUAGCCAGGCCGGAAUCAUGUACAGUUUCUAAAUAAAGAUACCUUGUUUUGCUUUGAAUAUCUAUACCUAUAGUUCUAAAAGCAUGAUGUCUACUCAGUUAUGAUUAGCUAUCCUAAAAACGGACCUUUCCGGCCAUCUUUACAAGCAGUCGGUUGUCCUUCAGAACAGCCUGUCAUUGACACACCCGAGUGAAACCCACACAGCCUGAGUUGUAUUCCGUGUGCUGCUAAAGGAAAAAACCUUGAGCACUGGCCGUGUAGGAAUUAUUUUUCCCUUAAAUUAGCAGGACCGAUAAGCUUCGAGCGAAACGUUGCAAAGUACUUUAUGAUUGUCGUUUCAACGAGUCGAUCUUCACCAUCAGCCUAUUGUGUUCCUUCUCCAUUCAGAAGCAAACCAAUAAAUGUUAAGAACCAAUGGAAUAUAUACUUAACGCGUAGCCAACAGCCGGCGAUUUAAUCGUUUAUCUGAAAUGAAGUCUCCAUG